CACUGUCCUCUGUUGCUGCUUUGACUGAAGAUUUUACGGAGACAAGACACUUUUUACUUGACUGAGAAAUGGAGAACUGGAAGCUCCAGCUGGUUGUUGUGACUAUUUGUGCUCUGCUGCAGACCUACCAGGCGCUGUGUUCCAGUGUGGGAGAGGAGAGAGGAUUAUCUCAAGACUGGCAGGAUGAGCCUCUGCAGGAAAGUCUGAUCAGUCUGAUGAAGAGAUCCAAAGCUCUGCGCUUCUACGGACUCAUGGGGAAGCGCUCAGACCCAAAGAAGCCUUUUAAAGUAAAUAGACGAAACAAAGGAGAGACGUUUGUGGGUCUGAUGGGAAGAAGCGUUUCCAGCGGCGAGUCUUUAAGAAGAAUAUUUCCAGCCACAACCACGGCCAUCCAUGUCUCAGAGGAGCCACACAAGCAAGGUUCAUCAGAAGAAUGGGUCCACAUGUUGUAUUGA